AAAAAAACAGCAGCCACUAAGAAGCAAUUGGAAUUUCUGGUGGAAAAUAAAAGGAAUUCAGAUGAAGAAAACUUAGAACCAUUCAUGGUUCCAACAGCUUAUAUCUUCACAAAAUCCAAGUAAUUUUCUUCAUUUUUCUUUAUAUUUCAGUUGUUGUUAAACUGAAUUCUCAUCUUCCUCGUUACAUAUCUCUUCCUGUGCGGAUGAAAUCGCUGAUAAGGUGAGUGUAUCAUGGUUCAACUAUGUUAGGGCUUCAAAAUCCACAUGCCAUUAGCAGCUGUCAGUCAUUUCUGGAUACUAGUGUGCUGCAUGAAGUCAUUCCUUGCAAGAGUAAAAAUGUCAAUCCCUUCAUUAGUAAUCUUAGUUCUGCUACCCUUGUGAGUUCUCCUGCUAAAGGAGUCAGCAGUUGUUCUUUUUCUUGGACUUGGCCAAGUCAACUGAAAACUUAUAAACUCUCUCAGCAAUCCGCUUCAUAUAGAGUGCUGUGCCGGUCACAAGAUACUACUUCACCUGAAAAUGAGUAUCGCUCCUCCCGAAAUAUAGCCAUCAGUCUGUUCAGGCGAUACAAGAAUUUUCUUGAGCGCGGAGGAGGUGACAACUUAAAAGAGUUCAUCAGUGCUGGUGUGAAUGCAUAUGCUUUGGGAUGUACUGAUGAAGGAUUGAGGAAAGAACUGUUUUCUUUGAAGGAAUCAGGUGUUGAAAUUGAAGCCAUGGAAACAUAUGGAGGAAGUACCAGCCUGAAAUCCAAGAUUUUAUCUGUGGAGGUUGAUGAGUGUAUUAUGUGGUUGAGCAUUAUAUUCAUCACCAUCCUAUGUACACCUCAACCAACUAUAGUUCGAUGGUCAUCCACAUCCCCAGUUUCUGAUGAAAUGAUAGUCCAGUGGAAGGGCUUCUGUGCAAUCAUAGCAAAUGCAUACUUUGUGAGAGGAAUGGCAUGGCUCCCAGUGAAGACUCUCCAACUAGAGCAGAUGGCAGUUGCUGGUCAUGCUGAAGAGCCAUCAGUUGUUGCUAGCCGGAUGAGAUUAGUUUUUACCACUCUAGAGGUGAGUUCAAUCGACAGCUUUCUACUUCUAAUACUCUUUCCAGAACAACAUUAGCAGAAAUAUGUAAUGCAAGGUUCAUAAUUCGAUUUUCUGGUCUGAUAGGGCUCAGUGGUUAGGCAUGCAUAAACAAAUGUAGAUAGAAUCAGAUCUCAACUCAAAAUCCACUAUGUUUAAACUCUAAAGCAUGGCACAACUGUGUCUCCUAGUUUUCAUGGUUCAAAUCUGUUUUUUGCCUCAAAGCAAAACUAAACCAGGACACUAUAAAGAUCAUCUCUUGUUUUAUGAUUUGAUAAUUACUUUACUUAUUAACUUAAAGAUAAUUAUGCAUCCAUCCUUGGUGGGUAGAGUUAUCCGGUACUUGUGUUGUUGAGAGGUAGCAAUUACCAUGUAGAAUUAGUCAAAGUGCACGGAAGCUGAUCUGGAUACCACGGUUGUUAAAAAAAAUACUAGUUAUAAUAAUGACAAUUAGUAUUUGCAUAAGAAACUAAUUCCUUCAACAUCAGAGGAAGUCUAAUGAGGAUGUAAAUUAUAUCUCAACUGUUGGACUACUAAU